AUGGGGGUUAAAAUAAGAGUCGGCUCGUGGAACAUGUAUAAUGACGUUUGGCACUCCGUUCGCGAAGCGACAGAGAGUAUAACUCCCUCGCGUUUUACGAGUGGUUCCCGACUGAGGUUUCUGAGCGAAAGGUUUUCGUGCACCCGCUUCGACGUCAUGUGCCUACAGGUAUCCCCAGUGAUGGUCUCAAGUCUGCAAAAACAGUGUACCCGUCACAACUUGACGUUGGUGGCACCCCCGCAAAGUACCCUCAUACCCAACAGCAACAACUGCUGCGUCUUAUUCGACAAAAAAUUCAACCUUGUUGCGAAAAAGCAUUUUAACCUGAGCGAGGCGGUGUCCACCCAUCUGAUGGGUUACUACUCUCACCAUGGGGGAAGUGACAUCGAAGACGCAUUCAUUAAGGAGCUCAGAAUGAGGAACAGUAUGGCCACGAUGCUUCUCCUGGAGCUUCCCCAAACAAAAAUUUUUUUAGCCGUUUGUAACUGUCACAUUCAUUGGAACCCAGCAUAUCCCGACGUGAAGUUGUUCCACACGUUCCUCAUUGUUAAGGAGCUGUUCCAGUUUGUGCAUUCCUCUUUGGAGUGUUUUCCCUUUGUCCCUCUGCUGCUGGUGGGGGAUUUCAACUCCACUCCCCGUUUG